AUGCCUGGCGCCACGUCGAAAAAUUACGGCUGCCCACAGACUUCGGCUCGGUCGCGAAAUGAAUUCGAUCAGGUCACUGGAUCCGGCAGGGCGGAUGUACAACUGGGCGCAUCCGGGAGGCGACUGCAAUCUCCAUCUCCCCGGCUGACGGUGGGCCUAUCCGGCCGGAACGAGUAUGCCUUGGAUACAGGUCAGAAUGGCCUGAAUGCCAAUGGUCGCAGUGUCCUGGCUCGACUCAGAGACGGAGAGGCGACACCACGCUUCCCAAAUGGUCGGCUGCCAGAGUGGCCUUGCCUAAGCAGCAGGUCGUCUGGGAGGGCAGAAGUCACCUCGAUGCCGCAAAUGGCGGACAGAGAUGAGGAGAUGGAAAGGCUCGAGCAACUUCGAGUCCCUGAGGGAGUUCGUGCUAUAAAGUCAAGCCGGGAUGGGCCACGUCUACCAAUAUUCGGUGAGAAGAUAAGCCCUUACGGGUUUUGCAAUUUCAAGGUUGUUUUAAAUUCUCACUACUUGUGA